CUGCGACAUGUCCCUCUUCGCUCCACGGCCCACGCUGCGGCGAAGACCCUGGUUAAGGCUGGUCAUGUGAUUCUUUGGUUACGCUUCUCUUGUGUGGAGAUGGGUGGGACACAAGUAGCGCAUAAAUCCCAUCAGUUAAAACAACAUGUUUCUAAGGCCUGAAUAUCGAACGCUGUUGUACCGCAAAGCGAAAUAACCUAGUGGUGCGUUAUUGCUAUUUGACCUCUAAGUUCGCUGAUCAACGUGCCCAAAUUUAGAAGAUAGAACAGGCCUUCGAGUCUAUCAAAAAUGACAAAACCGAUUCCAUCGAACGAUGAUAAAGUCUACACACACACACUUUGAAUCUAAAUUCGGUUUAUUGUUCUUUGGAGUUUUUACUACUAUAGCUGUAUUUAUUUAGUUUAUUGUGUGAACCGCUAUCUUUAGUUGCGGCAAUACAAAGUCUUGUCCAUGUGUUAUAUUUGAAUGUCAAAUUGUCGGAGCAAUAGGAUAUGUAAACAGAAACUAUAUACUAUUAUAUACUUUAUACUAUUUCCGCGUUUUACCCGAUUGGAUAAAACGUGGAUAUGACUUUAGAACACGCGAGAAGUAUAUUUUAUACUAUAUCCGUGUUUUACCCGAGUGGGUAAAACGCGGAUAUGACUUUAACACAUGUUUUAUAGAAAAACAAGUCAUCCGUCCGUCCGUACCCGCGUUUUACCCCGACCCAGUGAUACGAUCAUCAUCCCGCUUGUUUUGUUUCAAAACGACUUAUUUUAGUACCUCGAAAUCAUCUUUAUUUUGGUAACCCGUCUUUGGUAAUCUCGUGUAAACAGCCCCUAAGGCGCGGUACUAAAGGCAUAUUGGCAUAUUAUAGCAGCUGCAACACAUGUAUUUAUAUAAAAGGUUUCAAACUCUCCUUGGCUAGUAGGUUCGCCCUGGGGGUAGGGACACACUGUUUACGGGUUCUGGUAGGGACCAGUCCAGGGUUAACUUUCCCUGGCGGUGCGUGCGCAAAGGCGAAUAGAAAAUUUCAGAUAAGCAGACACUAUCGCUUCCUAUUUGCAAUUUUACCAUAUAAACGCUUGGUAAAGUUGUCUCGGGGCUAGGGUGUCACCACCCGAUAUCAUAUUAACGGCGGCUAAAAGUUAGCGUUCCAGUUAUACAUCUGGCAGAAAGGCAAAGAACUAAAUCUUGUUACGUAACGCACUCGCUGAGUGACACUUCUGGUUAUUAUUUAAUCUGGUUCAGAAGCCGUGAUGUUUAUUAUGAAUAUGCAACGAGCGAAACAACUUCUACAUUAAAAUCGACCCUUUUAUUGAAUACACAAACAGCUGUAUAUAAGGGUUUCGUGUUUUAGAGUUUGUAAGCAGAAGAGGCUAGAUUGGCAGAUUUCAAACAUUAAACAAAAAUGUCAGCCAAAGAAACUGCCCAAGAAGGCCAAGACGAUAACCUCGAUCCGUUUGACAACCAAGCAAGCCAGCUUCCUUCGCCGGGAAGAAGGCCGCGAACAAGUUCCCUGCUUCAAAGACUUGGGGAAGAAAGAGACACCCCUGACCCAGUAGGACAAUACGCUAUCGCAGUCGAUGAGACCGAAAUAAAAGAUCAUCGACAAGUGUACGUUGGGGUUCACAUACCAAUCAAACCGACACGGGCACGUCGAAAUCAUCACCGCAGUCAUCACUACCCGUCCGUGAGCAAGAAUAAACCAGGAAGAAGUAACUCUACAAAAAACAAACAAAACAAACCACAAAAUGGAACAGCUGGUCACCAGGCCCCAGCUGACAGAGUUCGAUUCAUUCUUGGAGGUGAUGACAAUGAUGUUGAACGUCAGAUCUUUACGGAAAUGGAUGAAUUGUGUUGUGAUGCAGCUGGAGAAGAAGAGUGGAAGGAGACAGCGAGAUGGCUGAAAUUUGAAGAAGAUGUUGAAGAAGGUGGCAAUCGAUGGAGUAAACCGCACGUGGCCACUUUAUCUCUGUAUAGUUUAUUUGAACUGCGAAGUUGCGUUCUUAAUGGAACUGUGUUGCUUGACUUAAAUGCAACUACAAUAUCUCAAAUAGCAGAUAUUGUUCUUGAUGAUUUGGUCGCUACGAGGCAGCUUGAUGUAGGCUUACGACCUCGAGUCAGAGAUAUUUUGUUAAAGAAACACAGACAUUUGUAUGAAAGAAGAAAAAGCACACAGAAAAGGAAGACUGGUCUUCCAUCAUUAAAAGGAACAAGAAAAACCAGCGCUGCACAAAGUAAUACUGAUAAAGGUGGUGGUGACAAUAACAGCGAUGAUAAUAAUCCUACUAAGUCAGGGACUCGCCUGCAAGAAAUUGAAACACCUGAAUCCGAUUUUCCAAAUGUACCAACUGCUGUGUCGUUGAUUGCGCAAGACGUUGCGACUGAAGAUGCCGCCAAUGACUCUGAUCCAGAAUGUGCCAAGUAUGAUGCAAAUUUUAUGAAAAAGAUCCCGGCAGGAGCCGAAGGUUCAAUGGUUCUCGUGGGAGAAACAGACUUUCUUAGUAAACCAAUGAAUGCAUUUGUUCGUCUGGAAGAUGCUGUAAUUCUUGGCGAUAUGAUGGAGGUUCCUUUACCAACGCGAUUCUUGUUCUUCAUGCUUGGACCAUCUGGACAGCCAGGACGUUACCAUGAAGUGGGAAGAGCGAUUGCUACACUCAUGGCUGAUGAGGUAUUUCAUGAUGUUGCUUUCAAAGCCACAUGUCGCGAAGACAUCACCGCUGGCAUUGACGAAUUCCUUCAGCAGGUUACAGUGUUACCACCCGGAGAAUGGGACCCAUCUAUACGUAUAGAGCCUCCGGCAACAGUUCCCUCGCAAGAAAACCGUCGCGUACAACAAUAUACAUGCGAUGGUGACAAACAAGGCAAAAGGGAGAACGGUGUGCCGGCAAAAGGAAGUGGGACUAAUGGUGGAGGAGCAGAUGAAGGUGGUGAUCAUAGGAAUAAUGAAUUGGUUAGAACUGGAAGGUUUGGUGGUGGUUUUAUUAUGGAUGUUAAAAGGAGGGCGAAGUACUACACAUCAGAUUACGUUGACGCGUUAAACAGCCAGUGUUUAGCAAGUGCUUUGUUUAUUUACUUUGCUCUUCUGGCACCCAUUGUCACAUUUGGAGGGGCGAUGGAAUCAAGGACCAAUAAAUAUAUGGGCGCCAUGGAGCAGCUGUUGGCCGUUUCCAUCGGCGGCGUUCUAUUCUCGCUUUUCUCUGGUCAACCUCUCAUAAUACUUAGCGCCACGGGUCCAAUGCUGGUAUUUGAAGGAAUCCUCUAUAACUUUUGUGACAAAGCUGAAUUGGAUUACAUGCCAUUCCGUAUGUGGAUUGGUUUGUGGACCACUUUCUACUGUGUAAUCCUCGUGGUCACUGACUGCAGUGCGCUGGUUCGAUAUUUCACUCGAUUCACUGAAGAAUCGUUUGCCACUCUCAUCGGCUUGAUCUUUAUUUACGAAGGAGCACAUAAACUAUACGAGUUAGCAGAGCAAUACCCAGUACCAAAUGAUCACGUGGUCAGGCAAUCGUGUGAAUGCAUGCAACCAAGGAGGGUGUUCAAUAAUGUAACAAAAAAUGCAACAGUGAAAUACUAUCCGACGAACAAAACGAUUUUUAACUGCGAUCUCGACAAGAGAGAAGUAAUUAUAGGAGAUGCCUGUGGUGGUGCUAUAUUUCUUCUGUCAACCAUUCUUACCCUGGGGACGUUUUUCUUAGUGAUUAAAUUGAAGAGCUUCAAAACUUCACGAUUUUUUCCAACCAAGGUGCGCAAGGUGGUGUCCGACUUUGCUGUAAUCAUAUCCGUCAUGGUAAUGGUUGGAGUCGACGCUGCACUUAAAGUCAGCACACCCAAGUUAAACAUUCCCACAAACUUUCAACCAACAAAUGCUCAGGCUCGUGGCUGGCUUAUCGCACCUCUUGGUAAGAACCCAUGGUGGACUCUGAUUGCAGCAUCUAUUCCAGCGCUGCUGACAACAAUAUUAGUAUUCAUGGAUCAACAGAUCACUGCAGUUAUUGUGAAUAAAAGGGAGCAUAAAUUGAAGAAAGGUGCUGGAUAUCAUUUGGAUCUCGCAAUCGUAGCUAUUGGAAUCGGCAUUAGCUCCAUUCUCGGUCUACCAUGGGUCGUUGCUGCCACUGUCGAGUCCCUGUCUCAUGUCCGGAGUUUGUUUGUUGAGUCCACGUGCACAGCGCCUGGAGAAAGACCAAAGUUUUUUGGAGUUAGGGAGCAACGUGUCACUGGAUUAUUUGUGUUCAUCAUGGUUGGUAACACCGUAUUUCUUGGCAAAUUUUUCAAGUACAUCCCAUUGCCGGUGUUGUACGGAUUAUUCAUAUACAUGGGAGUCUCAGCUCUUAGAGGUGUUCAGUUCUUCGAGAGAAUUAAAAUACUGUUUAUGCCAUUGAAACAUCAACCAGAUAGAGUAUAUUUAAGAAAAGUUCGCAUCAGUCGGAUUCAUAUUUUUACUGGAAUUCAAGUGACGUGUUUGAUAAUACUAUGGGUAAUAAAGGCCACACCUGCUGCAAUCUCCUUCCCGUUAAUGGUAUUAGCUUUGGUGGCGGUUCGUAAAUUAAUGGAGAAAAUAUUUACGAAACACGAAUUGGAGGUGCUCGAUGAUGUUAUGCCGGAAUCAAUGAAGAAGAAAAUAGAGGAAGCUGACGGUGCAGAUGUUGAAUCUCUGCAAAUUGCAGAGGAACCUCCUGCAACUGCAACGUUGGGCUAUAAUGAUAGUGGUAUCAACAUCACCGAGGAGCUUAAGAAUUGCACCAUAUGGAAAUCCAUGGAGGGCAACCAACAACAAACUCCCGGAAGCAACGACGGGCCUCGUGAACACAAACCACCCAAACGUAAACACAAACAUAAACAUAAGCACAAGCACAAACAUAAACACCGUCAUCGUGAAUACGACUUCGAGCACGAACGCAAGCUAUCGACCGUCACCGAUAAGCCGGAUUUGGAAACCUUAGCGAACGAGGAUGAUACGGAUUCGCCGGCAAUUCCACUUGUGACCCUUUCGACCGUUCACGAACACAGCACGACUGAAGACGCGACAACUGAAAGUACCUUGAACCCAGAGACUGAUGGGGACCAACAUAUCAAAGACACAAAACCACUCAGACCUGUCAGUGUUUAAAUCUCUUUAAAAUAUCGGACAAUAUGGCAGACUGGUAGCUAUCCUGAUGUGACUUUAUUCUCUUGUCAACUCGAUUUCUGUUGACGGCUAUCAAUUUAAGAAGGUUGCGUUUUGUUGCAUGUUAUAAACCAUUUUUAGAUGCCGAAAACCUUUUUUCUGUCUGUUCUCCGCAUAAAAUACGACAAGGCGAUGAGAAGUAGGUGUAUGCGUGCAAAUUAUAGGUUUAUCAAAGUUGUAUAGUAGAGUAAAUGCGUGACAGUUAUAGAAAAGUGAAAAAUAUACAUGAAUAUAUCGUAGCAAUAAUUAUAUAAAACACAUGCAGUGAAUAAGGGGCUUUUCAAGAAAAUGGUGUUAUUCAUUUGCGUGAAGCAUGUUUUUGAGUGACGCGAAGCUUGAAUGUAUCACUAACAGCUGACAUAUUAUGUUGUAUAUUGGGUUCGUACGAUGUGAAAGGGGGAAAAUUGUAUAGGUAAAAGCUCGUACUGCCAAAGUUUCUGAAAAACCCUUGAUUCACUACCUGCUGCGGGCAGCAGUAUCAUGGUAAGGAUAGUCUAGUAUAUUAAUUCAACGCCUUUUUUCAUUUCAAAAUUUCAAAACGGAAAACAGAACGAUUAGCCUUUCUCACAGUGCUAUAUUCGAUUACGUUGCUCCGAUUGGAUAUCAAAUGUAAAAACUAAAUACAAGACCUAAUAUUUUGUAAGUUGGUGCAGUAAUUAAGUAAUUAAGUUCUAUCUCCAGAUAAGUAUUUUAAAAGCUAUUUUUUCAUUUGUAUAUAUGCAUUUGACAUAGUGAGAGAGGCUAACUGCGUAAUAUAUUGAGGUGGAUAUCAUAAAUAUAAUAGAAUAAUGAAAUAAGCGGUCAACGAAUGAUCGAAGGACCAACUAACUAUUUUUCUCAAACUACCAUGGUUCUAUCAUGGUAUAACCCUAUAUUUAUGAAGUAUUUCGUUCAAACAUCAGCCAACAUUAUAAUAUAUCGUUAGAUUUUUCGCUAUCGUUAAAAGUUGCCUUAGACUAGGCCUGUUUCAGACGUCGAACUUUUCAUGCGCUGAAACUAAUGCUAAUGAACCAAAUUCCUUGUUUAAGGUCAUUUGCAUUCGAUUCGGCACAUGAAAAAUUCGACGUCUAAAACGGGCCUUAUACAUAAGCGUUGUAUCGACAUCCAACAUCCUCUAUCAAACUCAUUCAACAUCGUUAUAUAGGCAACAAUUAAUCAGUUGGCUUUGUUUAAAUGUGUUUCAAAUCAUGCUAAUGACUGCAUGAUUAUUAUUCUUUGCUUGAUGAACAGUGAUGGAAUAUAUACUGUACAUAUAGCAAGUUAUAUAUAUACACGGGUGAAAGAGAAAUUUAAGAAUGCAGAAAUUGCUAAAAUUUAAGAUUAUUCAUGGCUAAGGACGUAUUUAUGAAACUAUUGAGUGGAGAGAGCCUUUUAUAUUGUAAUUUGGGCUUUUUAUUGAACAUUUAUGGAGUAGUAAGAAUAUUUUAUUAUUACAAGUAUUACUAAUACCUGUAUGUAGUGGAAAAGUAGUU